UCCCCGAGACAGCAGCAAUGGCCCCGACGGAACUGCAGCAGUACAGCUUGGCGCAGGUAGCCGAACACAACAAACCGAACGACGUGUGGAUGGUCAUUCACGAUAAGGUGUACGAUGUGACCAAAUUUCUUGCCGAGCAUCCCGGUGGCGAGGAGGUGCUGAUCGAGUUUGCUGGCAAGGAGGCGACGGCCGACUUUGAUGACGUUGGACACAGCACGGACGCGAAAGAACAAAUGAAGCAAUUCCUGGUGGGUGAAAUUAUUGAAGCGGAACGGAAAAAGAAGGUUACCACUGGACAAACUGAUCCCUCGAACGCCGCCGCCUCCUCCUGGUUUGGAUCGAUAAAGGCGAAGCUUUUCGGUUGAUCCCCCCUCCCCCCGUCCGCGACACACGAAUUGCUGUCCUCGCUGGUGUGUUCCUAUUUGUACAUUUCAUCUUUAAACUCCCGUCCUCUGCACACACACAGACACAAACACCCCAAACCCUAAGAAAAGGGGGGGAGAAAGAACCGUGCAGCAUGGGAGGGGACAACGUUUUAGCAUAAUUUUAGUACACAUACACAACACACACACAAUUGGUGCUGGUAGUCGAAUUCGCGUCGAUUCGGUUCGAUUAAUCUCUUUUCGGUUCUGGAAGCACAUUCCCAUCACUUGGCUGUUAUGUGUGUUAGGUUUUAAACGACGGGAGUGAAGGCGUGCAAAGUACUUUAUUAUGUGUUUUUUUUUAUUAUUAUAAUUUUGCUCAAAAAUCGAAUAAAAAAUGACUGAGACAAAGAAGAAA